CUGUACACACACACAGCCACACACACACCCUCCUCCCCUGUACACACACACACUCGUGCUCACACACACACAUACACACCUGUACGCUGAGCAGUCUGCUUGACAUUCUUUGCCGCCAUGUAAAAACUGUCAAACAUUCUAGAUUCUAGUAGGUCGGAGGUCGAGAGCCAACAAACACAAUUUAACUCUGUGAUCUUGUCAGUGGAGAGGCGGGUACCUGUGGCGGUGCACCUGUCUGUUCAGUGUUUGUCACUGCGCCGUGUGCCGGGGACAAGGUAGCAGUGGAUUUCUCCACAAACAACACCAUUGAACCGGAGAGAGUUUCUUGGACCAAGCCCCAGAGGAAAAGUCACACCAUCCAAUUUGCAUCACAUUUUCCACAGUCACGGCAGCACGGAGCGGAACAUUGACCUGGGACGUCAGAACGAGCUGAGGUCACCGCGUGCGGAACGAGAGCGACACUUUGCGGCACGCGGCUGUCUGGGUGGCAGGACAACGUCUUCUCUAGCGAGGUCCACGCCUGCAAUCAGCUUCGCCGCCAACACUCAACUAUAAAAGCUUGUCAGAGGGAUUACAACUCACUCACUCCACAGUCUUCAGUAGCAGCAGUGUGCUGGGUGCCACACGAAGACCAUGGACGACAAAUCUGGAGUAGUCCUCAUGUCUAUAGUCAACAAACAGAACCAUGCCACGAAGGAUGGUAGUCCAUCGGCGUACACCUUCGACAACCAAGGAUUUCAACUCCCAGAAGACUCGGUUCCAGAGGUCAAAAUUAUAAACGACAACGAGGCGACAACGAGCACAAGCUCCAACGAAACUGCAGUCGCCGCGCCUGACGACAACAUCAAUCACACCUACUCCGAGGUGAAGGAUGUCGAUGAAGAAACGACAGCAGCAACAAAUCUGACGAAUGGUCCGGUGGACUCAGGAGAGAAAGGCCCCGGAUUACCGAACUACAGGCGGAAGGAGUCUUCUGUAGGCUUCAGACUUCCGGCAGCGGAGCGGAAGGCGAGCACGGCGAGCCACUCAGCGCCGUUCCGGGGGAUGGGGAAGGAGGAGCUGCUGAGGCACUCGGCCAAACCCUUCUGGCGCCGCCUCCGCUACGUGUGCAUGUCCAUCGUGCUGGUCGGGUGGCUGGCCUUGAUCAUCACCGUGGUGGCGCUGGUGCUGGUGUACCCGUCCUGCCGCAAACCCGUGGACCAGCAGUGGUGGCAGAAGGCGGUGGUGUACAGAAUUUACGUCCGUAGCUUCCAGGACAGCAACGGCGACGGCAUCGGCGACCUGAAGGGAGUCAAUUAUCGGUUAGACUACUUGAAAGAACUCGGAGUCAACACCAUCAGUCUGUCUCCCAUCUACGAGACCUCGCCCCAGUCUGAGAGCGACAUGGACAUCGUCAACCACACAAGCAUCCACAAGGAACUGGGAACUCUGGAUGACUUCAUCUCCCUCGUCAACAAUUCCAACGAGAGAGGUAUAAAGGUGAUCCUGGACUUCAUCCCUAACCUGACGAGCAAGAACCACACGUGGUUUAGGGACUCUGCCAGCAGCGCCGACACCAGCAACCUCAAGAGGAACUACUACGUGUGGGUGGAGGGCCACAACAAUAGUGCUCACAUGGCCCCCAACAACUGGAUAUCUGUUUACGACGGAUCCGCCUGGUCUUUCGAUGCUUCCCGCAGCAUGUUUUAUCUGCACAACUUUCUGACUACCCAGCCGGAACUGAACCUGAGGAGUUCAGGGGUCAAGAAAGAGCUUACAGACGUGAUGCAGUUCUGGUUAGACCUUGGGGUGGACGGCUUCUUCAUCCGCAAUUCCGGGUACCUCUUUCAAGACUACGACCUGCGCGACGAGUCAUUGCUGCCUAAUAAAACAGAUGAUAAGGCAUACAGUUCCUAUGAUCACGCAUACACAUACGGACUGAGCGAAAUCCACGACAUGUUUGCAAGAUGGCGGGCUUUUCUGGACGACUACGGUAAUACUUCGAGACACGAUUACAUUGUGUUGCUAGCAGACAGGGUGGGUAGCUCGAAGGAGGUGUUGGAGUACUAUGGCCGCUUCAACAGAGACGGCGUUAACCUUCCAUUGAAUAACUUCUGCCUGGACCUGGACGAGUACAGUGGGGGACACGGGGUGGCCCAGGUGGUCCGUCAGUGGAUCAAAUCCAUGCCUGCAGGAAGAUGGGCCAACUGGCUGGGAGGAAUAGACACGUCCCCGCGUUUGAUUGACAGGAUGGGGGAAGCAAUGGCCCGCCCCUUCCUGACCUUAGCGAUGCUGAUGCCGGGGACACCCGUUGUUUACUACGGGGACGAAAUAGGGAUGAGGGGACACAACAGCUCCCAGAAGGACGAGGGACAAAGGAACCUGCCCAUGCGGACUCCCAUGCAGUGGGAUGCUACUGAAAACGCGGCUUCUGCUCCUGCUCAACAGGGAGCCCGUGGAUGCCCAUCAACCCCACGUCCACCACAGUCAAUGUGGAGCUGUCCUGCCGCGCAGAAGUCCGAGGACGAUAGUCUGUACAACUUGUUUACCAAUCUGACCGCAUUGCGCGCUGACAAUCCAGCCUUCCAUUACGGAGACUACAACGAGGCUGUUGUAGAUGAUCAAGUCUUCUCGUUCGUCCGAGACUACGACGGAGUCAAAGGAUUUUUGGUAGCCCUAAACUUCGUCAACCAAACAGUGACCAAAAGUUUCUGCGGCGCAUACUCGACCAUUGCCAGCCAGGGAGAAGUUGUCCUAGUGACCAGCAGUGACGUCAUUUACAAGAAAGGCAACUCUGUUUCGUGUUCCGGGGUGCAGCUGGGGCCCUAUCAGGGAUUGGUGAUGUCGUGGAACUACGCUGCAAAGGAACUGUAGGACUGAGCGAGCAUGAAUGAGUCUGGGAGAGAGAGAGAAGGAAAGAAAGACAGAGAGGACACAGGGUUAAUGCUAUUUGUAUGUUUUGUACAUGAUGAGGUAUCUCAGAAAUAGGAAAGUAUACUGAAAACAAGGAAUACCCGAGCAUAAAUGUCAUGUUCUGACUGAAGUGUGUGAUAAGUUAUGGAUUCUCCUUUUAAUUUGUUUUAAGCUGAACCUUUUUAUGCCUGAGACUUUCUGGUUUUGUUGACCUAACUGUAUUAAAUGUGCUUAUAAUGGCUUCUAGUACUUUUGUGACACCAAAAAGCAGUUUUUCUUGCCUCACCAAGCUGUUUUCUUUGUAAAGAAAAUAAUGCCUUCUACUCUUUUUGCAUACACUCUUCUUUGUUUGACCAGCCCCUGAGGUGCAAGUCAAUUAACAGCUCAGUCAUUUAUUCUGUAGAAAAUGGAUUUUGUAUACUGUCAGCUGAUGACAAUUAUUUUCUAUUUGACUCUCGUAUUUUACAAUGUACUACAAUAUGAAGCAUAUGCGGAACAUAAACUAAUUAUUCGGUGCACAAUUCCUCUAAGAAAAAAAAAAUUAAAGGAAUUCUAAUGUCACAUGUCUAAAUAUUAUUCCUCCUCCUAGGUGGUAUUGCUGUUGUUGAAAUCCUUCAGUUUAUCUCUGUCUCUAUCAUGCUACUCUUAUUUGACAACCUUUCUUACUAUUUCGUGUAUUGUUAAAAUAAAAUGGAAAUCUUGUAAACUGGGAAGAACGAUAGGGGAGUAAACUCUUAUCCCACCUCUGUUACAAUAAUUAUUGGUUAGUAGGUAUUAAUGCAACUGGUUAACAAAUACUAACCCAGUUUAUAUAAACACAAAUGUUAGAAACCGAUUUUAUUAAGAUACUUGUCUUUUAUGAUAAUAAACUGAAAAUAUACUA